AUGGUUUUCUUCACUGUUUUCGCGACCAUCGACUCGAUGACGCUGCUAUUCGCAAUGACCGGCCUUCUAGGAUCAAGCGCGUACUCUCUGAAGGCCAUUGCAGACUUGGAGUACGAUCUGAUUAACUCUGUGGACUUCUUCAAGGUCUACAACCAAGCGCAUAGAGUGGAGCUCGCGUUCGUCAUGUUGAAUGCCUUCGCAGUUCUGCCAUUCGUGGCAAACUGGUGGCUGUCGCCUAUCCAGCUUAUAUGGGCAGCGGUGAAGGUCUUGCGAGGCGUAUCCGGAGGGAACCAGAUUGACGAGAAAGAUGUCUUCAAGCCAGAGGUGUAUGGCCGCCAGCGACGAUGGCAGAUGGCAGGUUUCUUCGUAUACUUGGUUUCAAUAUUCAUCUACUUCGCGCGUGCGAUGUGUGCAGUCAUGGAUAUCCACGUCCACGGCAUCUCACCGUAUGAUUGA